AUGCCAAAGCCACCACCCAAACCGGUCAAACAAGGACAAGUCAAGGUCUUCAGAACUCUGUAUACAAUUGAACCCAGUACUCCAGAUGGACUGUACUUUGAAGAAGGUGAUAUUAUCUACAUUACCGACAUGAGUGAUACCAAUUGGUGGAAAGGCACCUGCAAAGGCAGAACUGGGCUAAUUCCAAACAACCAUGUGGCUGAGAAGGCAGAAUCCGUUGACAAUCCAUUGCACGAAGCUGCCAAAAGAGGCAACCUGAGCUAGUUGAGAGAGUGUUUGGACAACCGUGUUGGUGUUAAUGGCUUGAGCACUGCCUUAUACUGGGCCUGCCACAGUGGUCACAAAGAUAUAGUGGAAAUGCUAUUUACUCAGCCAAAUAUGGAACUAAACCAACAGAACAAGUUGGGGGACACUGCUUUGCAGGCUGCUGCCUGGAAGGGAUAUGCAGACAUUGUCCAGCUGCUUCUGGCAAAAGGUGCUAGAACAGACUCCAGGAACAAUGAGGAGAAGCUGGCCCUGGCUAUGGCGACGAAUGUUGCCUGUGCCUCUCUCCUUAAGAAGAAACAAGGAACAGAUGCAGUUCAGACAUUAAGUAAUGCUGAGGACUAUCUUGCUGAUGAAGACUCAGAUGAAUUCCCUCCCACAGCUUUGAGAUCUAAAACUUAUGUUGCUUUUGCCAUUCCCAAAGUCUUGUCUUUGCCAGAAGAGUGUUGGUAA